AUGUCGCAGCACUCGCCGCUUUGUUGCUGCCGCCUUUUCGGCUACUUUGGUGCCCAAAAAGUUGUUAGCGAGCUGUUUGCUUUGAGCAACAUCUAUUACAAUGAGGUCACGAAAAGAUUUGAACUGGCCCAGCAAACACUUAUCUACUGGAUGUUUGUGCUCAAUCUAUUCGCGUGGAUUUCCGUGGUUUACUCAGCCGGACCUGAUUGCCAAAUUGAUGGAUACCUUCACUUGCUAUACGCCGCGCCCUGCGUUCUCUAUAUGUGCAAGCGACCAUGGCUGCUAGAAGAACUCAAUGCAAUGGUUGGCGUGCAGCGGCAGCUGGCGGACUGGCUCUGCUUUCGGGUGGUGCGCGUUUAUUGCUGGUCUCUGCUCAUGACCGUGCAGCUGGGGUGGACAAUCUACUGGCAGCUACAGCUCUAUGAUUACCGAAGGCUGCUUUGUGUGGCCUUCUGUGUGCUCUGCUGUUAUCUGCAGCUGCUGCUGCACUUCAAUUGCUUCAUUUGGCUAUACAGCAGCUAUUUGGCCAUAAAUCGAAUGCUCGCAGCUUCCUUGAGCAAGCGGCAACGCGUCAAGUUGCUGCACAGAGUGCUCGCAAUGCAGCCAGCGCUGCACAAGAUACAGCGACACAUGACGCAUUACUUCAGCGUUUAUUUGUUAUCACUCUGGGUGCUGAUGCUGCGCAAGUUGCAUUUGGCUGCCAGACAGCAGUUGGAGCUGCAGCAAGGCGUCGUCAUCGUUCACUUGCAACUGCAGCAGCUCACAUACGCAGCAAAUCUCUUAAGCCUGAUCAUUAUUUUGAUGUUGGCUGGGCGAGAUUUUCGCAAUGAGCGCACAAAAUUCGAGUCGAGCCUGUGGCGCGCGCUGCAGCAGCAGCAGCCACAACUUUCCUUGCCACAGCAGCGCAGACAAUGUUUGGAUGUGGUAGAUCUAAUGCUCUGCACUGGCAAUCGACCAGAUCAGCUGCGUAACAAGCGGACGCUGCUCUGCCAGCUGCCCGGCUGCCCAGUGACUGCCACAGCACUGGGGCAACUGCUUUGCUGGCUGCUGCUAAGCCUGCCCCUAAUGCUAAUACUCUUUAAAGAGCAAUGCACAAUAAGCUGGGACCUUAAUGUUAGCAACUGGCACAGAAAUUUGACCAGCUAUAAGCUGCCUGGUUGGAAACCUGAUGAUACCAGCUAUCCAAGCCUUGAUACCAGAAAUUUAAGCUGGUGGUUCAAUUGA